AUUAAGCGUACUGACGGGGAAUAAAGUCGGACGUCAGCCAAAAAUCACAUAAAGAUCCUCCAGCAAGUGUGAACAACCAACAGAGUGCUAAAAUUAAAUUCAUCUUAAUUAUAUAAAAUCAAUUUUUGUGUUAAAACUCGUACAUUUCCAAUGGCUUUCAAGUACAAUACACAAAUGAUCCUGCUGAGCUGCGGUUUGGCUGUGCUCUUGGGCUUCUCAGAAGCCCUACCUCGAUACAGUCGAACCAAAGACCUGGGAACAUCCGCCAGCUUCCCCAGCUUCGCCUAUGCACCCAGGCCACAGGAACCGAUGACCCUCACUGGGAACUACAACCUCAUCAUGCCCGACUACUACGAUCACCAUCCCGCGGAGUCCAUGCAACUGCAAAACUUUGCCAACUUCUACGAUGCCCAAAUGAGUCCCGACUCUGAUCUCGGAAUGGAGGAAUCGCAGUUUUUGAGCCACACUCCAGUGAGGGCACCUCAGCCCUUGACGGCCGAGGAGAAACGUGCUCGUCAGCAGAUUCCCCACGUGGACAUCAACCGGGAGAAGAAGGCCCUGCUCAAGCUAAAGAAGGGCAGCACCAAGCCCAGAGGAGCCGAUCACCAGGAGUGGGACCAGUUCGACUACGAUUUGUACAGCCUGAAUCCCGGCGAUAGCAAGAAGUACAACUACGAUGCCUAGAUGGAUUCGGUUCCCUACUAAAUCGACUGUAUAUGUUUAUGUUUUUGUUUUCCGUUGGUUUAAGCUCACAAAUAAAUUAUUUAUUUAUUGUUAACUGC